AUGUCUGAUCAGCCCGUAUUCAAUCCCCAAACGAACCGAUGGGAUAAUGUCGAUGUCUCCAAAGCGACUGGCCAUAAGUGGCCGGUAAAGAAAGUCAGCUACAACCGGAGAGACGUGCUCCUCUUUGCGAAUGCUAUUGGAGUGCAGGCAGAUGAAAGGCACUUUCUAUCUGAGCAGGAUCCUCAAUUUGCCUCGUUUCCUACCUUCGUCUCCACUCUUCUCUUCAAACGGACGCAUCACGAUGUGUUCGAUUUUGUCGAGGAGAUGGGCUCGGAUCCCAUUCCCGGCCUUCCAAUCUUCAACCCCCAGAAGACGAUGCACGGCGAGGAAAGGAUCGAGAUGCUCAGUCCAAUUCCCACCAGUAGCGUGGGGUUGGACCUUGAGAUCCACCGUCACGUUGUAGGCGUCCAUGAUAAGGGGGGCAAUCUCAUCCUCGAGUCGCAACAAACCCUUCUUGAUGCGAAGACGGGCCGGGUGUAUUGCCACAUUACAAGCGAUCUUUUUGCAGUGCAGCAAGGCGGUUAUGGCCAGUCUACUGCUCCGCCUCCGAUUCCAGUGCCCGACCUGCCUGCUCGCACCCCUGAUGCAAUCCACUGGGUCCAGACAACUCCUACAUUGGCUCUUCUGUACCGUCUCUGCGGCGAUUACCAUCCCAUUCAUGCAGAUGAUGAGUUCGCGAAAAGAUCAGGAUACAAGGGCCAUAUCCUGUCGGGACUUGGAACGUGGAAUAUUGCUGCCCACGGGUUGCUCAGAGAGCUCGGAGGCUCCAACCCGCAGAACUUUGUUCGACUUCAAGCUCGGUUCAAAGAAGUGGUGUAUCCCGGAGAUCUUCUAGAGAUGCGAAUGUGGAAGACUGGGGCGAAGACGGACGGUGUUAGUGAGAUUGUCUUUGAGAUGCUGGCGACGUCGCCGGGCGAGAAGCCACGCGUCGUACUGAAUCGUGGACUUGCUGGGAUUAAGAUCGAGACUACACAGAGCCGUCUGUAA